AUGUCCGCUGAACAACACCAAAAGCCUAAGCAGAUCCGAUGCACCAUUAUCGGAGCUGGCUACGCAUCUUCUGAUGAGAUCCAGGGGUACCUAAAAGGUGUUACCAGGCACUUCGAUCUCGAGCGAUAUAUAUUCUUCAACACCAAAGUGGUCUCCGCCAGAUGGACUGAAAGCGACAGUACCUGGACUGUGCAGUUAGAAAAUGGCUCUCUUGUGACAUCAGAGAUCCUGUUAAAUGCUGGCGGCAUUCUCAAUCACCCACAAAUUCCCAACAUUGAGGGGCUGUCCGACUUUAGUGGUCCGUUUCUACAUACAGCAUCAUGGGAUCAUUCAAUUGACCUCCGUGGAAAGCGUGUCGGCGUAAUUGGCGCCGGAGCCAGUGCGAUUCAAUUAGUUCCCUCGAUACAGCCUCUGGUCCGAGAUAUGAAGGUUUUUAUUCGCACACCUUCCUGGAUUGCACCACCAGUAGCUCUGCCGGAUCCCAACGCGACGAAUUAUACCUACACCCCAGAAGAGAGGGCCGUUUUCGAGGUAAACAAGGAGAUGUAUCUCGAUACCAGAAAGGGAUUGGAGGAUCAGUUCAACGGCAUGUUCCGCCUCUUUAUCAAGUCCAGUCCAGAACAAAAGAGGACGCGCAACAUGUUCGAGUCGCGCAUGAAACAGCUUAUCCCUGACCAAGACCUCCAGAGGAAACUGAUACCCCCAUUCGAGGCCGGAUGUCGAAGAAUCAAUCCGGGAGAAGGGUUUCUUACCGCCUUGCAAAGGCCAAACGUUGAGCCAGUAUUCGACUCAAUCGAAAAAGUGACUCGUGGUGGCAUCGUGGCUGGUGGCAAAGAAUAUCCAGCAGAUGUCUUGGUGGCAGCUACAGGAUUCAACACGACCUUCAGACCUCGCUUUCCUAUAGUCGGUCGCAAUGGCGUCAACCUCCAAGAUGCAUGGCAAGAACAUCCUGAGUCGUAUCUCGGUCUCGGUGUUGCAGGCUUUCCCAAUUACCUUAUCUUCUUGGGACCAAACACUCCAAUCUCAAAUGGAAGUCUGAUGGGCUCUGUGGAAGCGACCGCCGACUACUUCAUUCGUCUCCUCCAUAAAAUGAUUCGACAGCGUGUCAAGUCCUUCGAGGUGAGAGUUGAUGCCCAAGAAGACUUCAAUAUCCAUACGCAGACGGUCAUGCAAGACAUGGUGUGGACUGGAACUUGUCGCAGUUGGUGUAAGUUGUUUGUUUCCGGCCAUCACUGUCGUACGUUGUAUCAGCCAGUUGACCAUGUUACAGACAAACAGGGUACAAAUGGAAAAGUAACUGGACUUUGGCCAGGUAGUUCACUCCACUACAUCCAGGUCCUCUCAGAAGAUCGCUGGGAGGAUUAUAAAUGGACUCAUGAAUUGGAGAGGUACAGUUACUGGGGUCAUGGACUUUCCUGGAUUGAAGAGCCUAGUCUUGAUCCGUUGGGCGCAACAAAGCAGGAUAUGAUUGAAGCUAUGACGACUUUGCCAAAGAAGGACUCUGACUUGAGCUUCUAUCUAUGGAAGAGCAGUCCUCUGCCUGAGACCUGUUUUGCAAGUGGGCCCCCAGUGGAAGAAGUCCAGGACGGCGGCGACAUGGCAUUGAGGAAGGAUUUGCAUGCCACUACGGCUUCAGAGGUUGAUAAACAUGCUGCGGUAGCUUGUAUUACUGUACCUGUUUAG